AGCGAAGACGUCCCAUAGGACGCAGAUCGGGUUGCUGUGUGCCAUCAUUGUGGGUUGGCAUUGCGCCAUUCGACGACCCAUCCACUGAUGCGGAUGUUGGCCGAAUCAGUAGAUGAGUAUUGCCGAUUGGGGUACUAGAUUGAUCAGUUACAUUCUGGCGUCUUGCUUUGAACGGCCUCCGCGGCGAGUCGGGCGGAUUGAUAUCAGGCGGGUGCUAGGCCCGUUACCCUUACUUACUCUCUAUAGUAAGUAGUAAGAAACUUGGGCCCUGAGACAUCAAGCCUUUUGACUGCUGCGACCAUCGCGAUGGCUUCACUUACCGAAAAAUCGCCCGCAGUGGCCGACGGCCCUGCCGACGCCCGCGACGAGACGCAGGAAACGUCGCGCGAGGGCCCGUGGAUUCGCCUUAUGACCGCCCUUCACUGGUACUCCCGCGGCACACCCAGCGAGGAGAAGAAGCUCGUGCUCCGGCUCGACUUGUUUAUCCUCGUCUUUGGCUGCAUGUGCUUCUUCACAAAGUACCUCGACCAGUCGUCCCUCACAAACGCCUACGUGAGCGGCAUGAAGGAGGACCUCGACAUCCACGGCAACGAGCUAAACUACAUGACCAUUGUGUUCUGGUCCUCGUAUUGCACGUCCAUGAUUCCGGCCUGCUACUACCUGACCCGCUACCCCAUCAACGUCGUUCUGCCUGUCCUCGAGAUCGGCUGGGGCCUUUCGACCUUUGCGCUCGCCUGGGCGCGCAACGUCGAGACCGUCUACGCCAUGCGCUUUUUUACAGGCCUGUUCGAGUCCGCCUCCUUCACCGGCGUCAUCUACGUCAUCGGCUCCUGGUACAAGCCGUCGGAGAUCGGCCGCCGCGUCGCCCUCUUCUACAUCGCCGCGCCCCUGGGCACCACGUUCGCAGGCUACCUGCAAGCCGCCGUCUGGCUCAACCUGCACAACGCCCGCGGGCUCGCCGGGUGGCGCUGGCUUUUCAUCGUAGACGCUCUCAUCACCGUCCCCCUCGCCUUCAUCGGCUUCUUCGUCUUCCCCGACGUGCCCUCGCGCUCGCGGCCGAGGCUCCUGCCCGCGCGCCUGUACGCCUUCGCGCAGAAGCGCCUCGAGGGGCUGACGGCGCCGCCGCCGCUCAGGGCCUCGCGCGACAUCUUCAGGCGCGUCUUCACCCGCUGGCACCGGUACCUCUUCGUCGCGCAGUGGACCAUCAUGAACGAAAACCUACAGCCCAGCGGCUCACCCUUCUCGCUGUAUCUCAAGGCGUUCCCCGAGACGUACUCAGUGACGCGGAUCAACACGCUGCCGACGGUCGCGACGGCCAUCUCCAUCGUCUCGGCCUUCGCGGCGGGCGCCCUCGCGGAUCGUACCGGCUGGUUUGCCGGACUCUCCGCGGCUGCCGCCGUUUCCUCGCUGGUCGGCGUGGUCAUGCUCGUGUUCUGGGACGUGGGCGAGGGCGGGCGUCUGGCGGCCUUCAUGCUCGACGGCUUCGAGGGCGCGGUUCCUUCGCUGACGAUGGCGUGGGCGACUGUGACGAUGGCCGGCGACGCCGAGGAGCGCGCCAUUGUCACCGCGUCGAUGAACGCCAUCGGCCAGGCCAUCGUCACCUGGGCGCAGCUGCUGCAAUUUCCCGCUGUCGAGGCCCCCCGCUUCAUCCACGGUUUCAGGAGCGUCGUGGGGACAAUGGUCGUGCAGUUCUUUGUUACCGGCGCUAUUUGGUUUCUGGCGAGGGGGGAUUCCAAGGCGAAUAAGCAGUGGUCGGAGGGCGAUGGAGACGAGCAGACUCAGGUGGAGGGGGGACAGGAGGGUUUUUGGGGAACGUCAGCCACGGGACCGUAGUUCAGUUGAGGGCAUUGCAAGGUGGGGAGGAUAUUAUACCCAGGAGUACUAAUCUCCAUCCUUGAAGUUUGUCACGUCGAGGUUUUUUUUCAUUUCGAGGCACGAAUAUACUCUGUCAAUUUGGAUAGCGUUCCGGAACUCUGAACAGUCGAGGAACCGCUUGCAAGAUACCAGACACAUCGAUGGGGGCAGGAUUGUAGCAAUUGUGAACAUAUCUAUGUA